CAGGGGCAGUAGACUCUGUCAUACAAAAUCUGAGAAUCAGAUAUUUUCUGUCUUUUACACAAUUUCUCAGGGUCCUUAUUCUAUCACAUUCACACAAAAAUGGCUUUCGCAGCUACAACUCCCUUCUCCUCCAAAUCCCUCCUCAACCCCAAACCAAUCUUCUCCACCUCUAAACCCCAUCACAACCCUCCUCGUCGCUGCCAUUCUCUCCCCCACAAACCCAUCUCAGCCGUCCAUGCUGCUGACCCUUCAAAGUCCUCCAAUUCAUCACCACCUCCUCCUCCAUCAACCGCCUCCAUUCCCCUCAAAUGGACCCUCGAGUCUUGGAAGACCAAGAAGGCCCUUCAGCUCCCGGAAUACCCAGAUAAAGUGGCUCUCGAUUCGGUCCUCAACACCCUCGAAACGUUCCCUCCCAUCGUCUUCGCCGGUGAGGCCAGGAGCCUUGAGGAGAAACUGGGUCAGGCCGCCAUGGGAAAGGCGUUUCUGCUUCAGGGUGGGGAUUGCGCCGAGAGUUUCAAGGAAUUCAAUGCCAACAACAUCCGUGAUACGUUUCGUGUUCUUCUACAGAUGGGUGUUGUGCUCAUGUUUGGUGGUCAGAUGCCCGUUAUCAAGGUAGGAAGAAUGGCGGGUCAGUUUGCAAAGCCGAGAUCGGACCCAUUUGAGGAAAAGGACGGAGUGAAGCUUCCAAGUUACAGAGGUGACAAUAUCAAUGGUGAUGCAUUUGAUGAAAAAUCAAGAGUUCCAGACCCCGAUAGGAUGGUUAGAGCCUAUUGCCAAGCAGUGGCAACUUUGAACCUCCUCAGGGCAUUUGCCACUGGAGGUUAUGCAGCCAUGCAGAGAGUCACCCAUUGGAAUCUAGAUUUCACUGAGCAUAGUGAGCAAGGGGAUAGGUACCGUGAACUGGCUCACCGGGUUGAUGAGGCCCUUGGGUUCAUGUCUGCUGCUGGAUUAACAGUUGACCACCCAAUCAUGACUUCAACAGAGUUUUGGACCUCUCAUGAAUGCUUGCUUCUGCCUUAUGAACAAGCACUUACUAGGGAAGAUUCUAUUUCUGGGCUCUACUAUGACUGCUCUGCUCACAUGCUUUGGGUUGGAGAACGCACUCGCCAGCUCGAUGGUGCACAUGUUGAGUUUUUGCGAGGAGUUUCUAAUCCUCUUGGUAUCAAGGUGAGUGACAAGAUGGAUCCUAGUGAGCUUGUUAGACUUAUAGACAUUCUAAACCCCAAGAACAAGCCAGGAAGAGUUACAGUGAUUGUGAGAAUGGGAGCUGAGAACAUGAGAGUGAAGCUUCCUCAUCUGAUCAGGGCAGUCCGUGGAGCAGGUCAAAUUGUCACUUGGGUUAGUGAUCCUAUGCAUGGGAACACCAUCAAGGCUCCUUGUGGACUCAAAACUCGUUCCUUCGAUGCAAUUAGGGCUGAGGUGAGAGCAUUCUUUGAUGUUCAUGAUCAAGAAGGAAGCUAUCCAGGAGGUGUUCAUCUUGAGAUGACAGGGCAAAAUGUGACCGAGUGUGUUGGAGGCUCAAGAACUAUAACUUAUAAUGAUUUGGGUUCCCGCUACCAUACACAUUGUGACCCAAGGCUGAAUGCUUCUCAGUCUCUGGAACUAGCCUUUAUUAUUGCAGAGCGACUGAGAAAGAGAAGACUUGCAUCAGGGAAGUCGCCGACCUCGAUUGGAAUCUAAGAGAUUUUGGUUGGUUUGUUUGUUCAUGAAUGUUAAAUUUGUUUAAGACGUAUCUCUAUCUUAGUCUACUAAGACCUAAUAAUGGCUUGUAAGUUUAGCGAGUAAAGGCCUCAAGUCCAUUUCAAAUAUGAUAAGAUUUGAGGAAUGCAAGGGUGAUUGUAAAAUAGAGAAUAAAACCUGAAUUAUCAAGGAAAAGUAAUGGUUUUUUUUAGGGGCUGGUAUUGAAAUAUUGAGGAAAAGUAGUGGGUUUUCUACAGGGACUGGUAUUGUAAGAUUGAGGAACAUUUUUUUUUUAUUUUUUUAUUUUUUUUUGGUGUAAGAUUGAGGAACAUGGUUUUGAUAUUAUGGAUAGAAUUUUCUUGUGUGGA